AUGUCUUUAAUUCUUCUUGUUGGAGUUCCAGGAUCAGGAAAAACUACACUUGCUAAUAAUUUAAAGAAGAAAUUUGAUGAAAUGAAGCAAGAUUGCGCUAUUGUUACCGAGAAAGGCGUUGAAGCAGGAACAUUCGACUCAUCAAACAACGAAAGACUCGGCCGAAGUGACUUUAAGGCUGCUGUUGGAAGAAUGCUUAGCUUGGAAAGAGUUGUUAUUUGUGAUGGAAUGAAUUUCAUCAAAGGAUUUCGAUAUGAGAUUUUUUGUCUGGCAAGAGAGAACCAUCUCCGUUGGUGUGUUGCUUUCUGUGAUGUUGAUGAUGAAACUGCAUUCAACAGAUCUAAAGAAAAAUACCCAAAUGAAAAAAGAUUAAGAAAACUCAUUGGAAGAAUGGAGAAACCAUCAACCAAAAUCAAAUUCGAUAAUCCUUUAAUUGUUGUGAAUGAUGUGAAUGAUGAAAAUACUAUUGAUAGCAUAAUUAAAGCUGCAUAUAAUAAUAACGCAAAACUAAUUCCAAAGAAAGCCACAACAAGCUGCGCAGAGACUGCUCACUACAAUGAUAAAGUUGAUCAGCUUAUCAAUCAAUUCUGCCAAGAGUUAGAAAAAAUGCAAGCAACAACACCAACAGGAAUACCAAUUACAAUAUGCGGCGCAACAUUUACCCCUAAGAAGAAGUUUACAGCAGGCCAUCUCAAAAAAGCAAGAAGAGAAUUUGCAUCUCGCGCUAAAUCUCUUUCAGAAGAGCAAAAUGUCGUUCAAAUCUUUGCUGAUAGCUUAGAGGUUAUUCAUUAA